UUCCGCCCUGGCACGGUCCUUCCGGCGAAUCCGCCAUUAGAGAGAGCAGUUAUGGCGAUUAGGUACCCUAUGGCCGUUGGCCUGAAUAAAGGCCAUCCAGUGACUAAGAAUGUGACCAAGCCCAAGCACAGCCGUAGGAGAGGGCACCUGACCAAGCAUACCAAGUUUGUGCGUGACAUGAUCCGCGAGGUGUGCGGUUUUGCCCCAUAUGAGAGAAGAGCAAUGGAGUUGCUCAAGGUGUCAAAGGACAAGCGUGCACUGAAGUUCAUCAAGAAAAGGGUGGGGACUCACAUCCGUGCAAAGAGAAAGAGAGAGGAGCUCAGCAAUGUCCUGGCCGCCAUGAGAAAGGCUGCUGCCAAGAAGGAGUAAGCUGUUCCAUCUGGGGCAAAUAAAUAUUUCUAUUUCAAAGCCA